UUCCCUGACCCUCGGACAGAGACGGAGCUGUGUCUUGUGACAAUCGCAUAGUAACAUGGACGUGCAGAGAGUUUCUCACCACAACCAAAUGGAUUAUAACUUCGACAGAAUGGAGCCCAAACACGGGAAAAUGCUGCCGUGCCAAGAGGAUCGUUUUGAUUCCGGCCUGGAUUCCUUGAAGGAGGACGAGCUGGCGAACGAGUUUGAAGACAUGACGGUGAACGCGAGUGAAGAUCUCACACAUGAAUACGAGCCUUGGAGGACUGCAGUGACUGAAGAUGGUGACACGCUUCUUCACUUGGCCAUUAUACAUGAAGCCACAGAGCAUGCCCUUCAGAUGAUUAAAAUGUCCUACAAACACCCCUUCCUCAAUGUCCAGAACCACCAGAGACAGACUGCCCUCCACUUGGCAGUGAUCACAGAGCAGCCUCAGCUGGUGGAGAAGCUCCUGAAGGCCGGCUGUGACCCUCAGCUGUCCGACGACAGUGGGAACACUGCUCUCCACAUCGCCUGUAAAAAGGGCUCGCUCGCCUGCUUCGGCGUCAUCACCCAGAACUGCAAACACCACCUCACCUCCAUCCUGUCCUUCCCUAACUAUAAUGGACAGAACUGUCUCCACUUGGCGUCCAUCAACGGCUACAUUUCAUUGGUCGAGAGCCUUGUGAGGCUUGGUGCAGACAUUAAUGCACAGGAACAGUGCAGUGGAAGAACGUCACUCCAUCUAGCCGUCGAUCUCCAGAACCCCACACUGGUCAGUCGCCUCCUUGAACUCGGCGCCAAUGUAAACUGCUUAAACUAUGGCGGCUUUGCGCCGUACCACCUCACCUACGGGCGCCAGAACGAAGAGAUCCGCUGCCAGCUGUACGAGAGGACGCCACAAGAGCUGCGGGCGCUGCCUGAAAGUGAAUCAGAAGACAGCGAUAUGGAGGACGGAGAUGUUUCAGAAGAUGAGCUGUACGACGACAUAAAAUUUGGAAAAUAAACCGAACUGUCCCUCCUCUGGUGGUGUUAACGACAGUAAAGCUGCUAUAGGGCUGUCCAGAAAAAGCCCCGGGACACGUCCGUCCACGUCCCCCGUCCAGGCCGAAAGAGCUGGUCCUGGGCUCACAAUCACGAACGAAGACGGCGUAACUCAUGGUCAAGUCCAGUCUGGAUCACGAAAUGAUUCAAAACCACAACACAGCAAGACAACGACCUCUAUGUUCUGUAAACUGUAGAAAAAUGUCUAUUGAUAUGUAAAUAUCUGACUUCUGUAAAAUACUGUAAAUACAGAGAUAUUAUUUUUGUACCUGUACAAAAGUGUGAAUUUAAACACUAUAAACAAAAAAGGUUGAUAAUAAAAAUAAGUUUAUUGAAUAUAAA